AGUAUUCCUAAUGUGACAUAGCGUAAGUAUCCAAUAGAUUUACUGAAAAAUAAUUCAUCCAUGGACUUAUUGAGUGACUGCCCAGGGGGGUUUACGUGAUUAAUUUAGUCACAAAAAUAACGAUGACUGUUGAUGGGGUAUUUUGAAUGCGUCAUAACAAACACAAGCACGAGUUGUAGUUACCACCUAGCUAGGAUAUAAAACACGUUGUCAGUCAUGCCCCGUUUAGAUCAGAGUGAGAAACUAAGCUUGAGCUGAAUAUAACGCGCUUUCUUAAGAUGGUAUCUCGAGGCCACAGAAAAUUAAAGGAAAAGAAAAUAAACGAAGAAGACCGUCAAAACUCCUGCCACACAACAAAAGAUCUUAUGUCUGCCUUCCAUAUUUUUGACGCUCAGAAUAAAGGCUACAUCGAGUCACGUGAAUUAAGAGAAGCACUUGGACUUACAGGUGCUGGUAUCCCUGACGACGAGCUUAAGAAAAUGUUACAAGAAACAGGUCUUCUGACAGACAGAAAGAUAACCUUUGCAGGUAAAUUUUUAUGCCGACGAUUCAUGUAACAACAGCCGCGACAACAACGAAAAUAACAUAACAAU